AUGGCAUCUGAAUCCUCUAACACCUCAGCCACUUCACAAGAGCAAAGUGAUUCUUCUCACUCUAAAAAAAGGGUGAACAUGAAGGAGAUUGAACAAGAUCAAUCCUCAAACACAAAUUCCAACAAUCUUUUUAGUUUCGUCAAACUACUAGAAGACGAUUCCAUUCCAGAGUCGUCGAAUGUGCAAGAACAUGAUUUUUUUAGUCCGACUCAAGUUGAUUCAACAUCUCGUUUUCCUACUAAGAACAACAACGAAGGGAGAGAUGAAAACAAAAAGGAAGAGAAGAAUUCGGAUUCAAAGCUUUUUUCAUGCUCUUUUUGUAAGAAGUUGUUUUCAACUUCACAAGCUUUAGGCGGACAUCAGAAUGCUCAUAAGGCAGAGCGAACUUUAGAAAAAAUGCGUAAAGAAAGGUACGACGACAAUGCUUUACGUUUUGGACAACCUCGGGUUCACCCUUAUUUUAGUUAUCAAAAUACUCUUUAUAAACCUAAUUAUUAUAACUCACUUGGGGUUAGAAUUGAUUCAACAAUUCAAAAACCACCUUAUUUUAACCCUAACCCUAACCCUAGGAUUACUUCACAUAGUUUUGGAUAUGCUAAUGGUGCUUUGUGUUUACAAGAGAGAUUAAACCCUUCUCUCAUGUCAUUGACAAACAUGAGGAAUGGUAAUAGCAUGGUUGGAAAUCUAAGUAUUGGUGGUGCAACUACUUUGAAGAUUGAAGAUGGUUCUCAUAGUAAAUUUGGACACUUUUCUUCAAAUAUUGCUACAAGUUCAAAUUCAAAUUCAACCAAGGUUGAUAUUCAUCAAUCAAAGUCCAACAUUAAAGAAGAACCCUCCAAUUCUGAAUCUUGUGAACUUGAUUUGACACUCAAACUUUAA